GGAAAGAAACACUCUGAAUCUACUAACAGCAGAGAAGAUGACUGAAGAAGAGAGAAGAAUGAAGAUCAUCUGGACUUUCACUCUGCUGAUGAUUCCUGAUUUCGUGAGCUCCAUUGAUGUGGAAGGAUAUUCAGAUGGUGAAGUCAACAUCACAUGCAGAUAUGUGAAGGAAUAUACCCAAAACACAAAGUAUUUCUGUAGAGGAAAGAAGCCAGAUAAAGAUAAGAGUAGGUGGUGCACUGAACUCAUCAGAACUGAAGAGAAAGAUAAAUGGGUUGAUUCUGGAAGAUUCUCUCUGUUUGACGACACAAGAGCAGCAGUUUUCACUGUGACCUUCAGAAAUCUGAGUGAACUGGAUUCUGGGACGUACCAGUGUGCAGUUGAUAGACCUAAAGGAAAAGAUUCAUACACUGAAGUGAAGAUGAACGUUAGAAAAGAAAUGGCCAAAGAGGAUCUGUAG